AUGAGAGACGGUAUUGCGAAUGCUGCUUUCAUCGAUCCUGAUCUGGGCUACGUACGAGGGGAAAUUCGGCUUGCCAUCGACCCCCGAUGCGACCGCGACCUAUACUGGACUGCCGUCUCUGACCGCAUCCGCGGGCUUGUCAGCUAUCUCAAGCCUCACAUUACCGAGCUCCUCUUGACUGGCACUUCGACAACGAAUGCACGCUUCAAAGCGGCGCUUCGGGAUGCACUUAUUGAUGUCGUUGAAGAUAAGAUCCUUGCCGCUGUCAACAAUGAUAGCAAGGAGGCGAUAGAUGUUUGA